AUGAAGUUGAGCAGUGUUGUUGUUGGUAUUGCCUCCAUGGCUGCCUUAGCUAGUGCAGCUGAUGACGCCACCAGAGAAAUCGUCACUGUCACCGUCACCGGAACUACCGAAACCCACAAGUACGGUAGAUUCGACAAGACCAAGGAGUCUUCCAGCUCCACCUCCACCGGUACCCACAAAUUCGACAAGACCAAGGGACCUUUGACCACCACCGUCUACGUGCAACCAUCUGGCGUCCGUAAUGAUGCUGUCGUCUUCCCCAACAGAUUGGCCAACGGUUCUAACGGUACCAACGGCACCAACGGCACCAGUGGCCACUCUUCUGACAACGCUGGUUACGCCAACUCCUUGAACCUUGGUGUUGCCGGUGCCAUUGCUGCCGGCUUGGCCAUUAUCAUCUAA